GUGAAGACUAAAGAGUUCCUAGUUAGAGUUCCUACCUAAUAUCUUCAGGGUUGCCCAAAACUACUAUCUCCAUGGAUUUUCCUCUAGCUACCCUGAUAAUUGGGUUAGUACUUGUUCUAGGAACUCUUGCCAUUCAAGCAGAAGCCAGGGCAUUCUUUGUCUUUGGUGAUUCACUUGUUGAUAGUGGAAACAACAACUACUUGUUAACCAGUGCUCGUGCCGAUUCGCCACCUUAUGGUAUCGAUUAUCCGAGUCGUCGACCCACCGGUCGUUUCUCUAAUGGGCUUAAUAUCCCAGACAUUAUCAGUGAGUCAAUUGGUGAGCAGCCUGUAGAGCCCUACUUGAGCCCUUCACUUGAAGGUGAUAGACUACUUAAUGGAGCCAACUUUGCUUCAGCUGGGAUUGGAAUUCUGAAUGACACAGGGAUCCAAUUUAUAAACAUAAUUAGAAUGCCAAAUCAACUUCAGUACUUCCAGCAAUACCAGCAAAGAGUAAGCCAGAGAAUUGGAGAUGCACAGACACAACAGCUAGUGAACCAGGCACUUAUCCUUAUUACUGUCGGUGGAAAUGACUUUGUUAACAACUACUACUUGGUUCCUUACUCAGCAAGAUCUCGUCAAUAUUCUCUCCCUGAUUAUGUUCGCUAUCUCAUCUCAGAGUACAAAAAGAUUUUAAUGAGGCUGUAUGACUUGGGAGCUCGAAAUGUUCUUGUAACUGGAACUGGGCCUCUGGGUUGUGUUCCAGCUGAGUUAGCACAGAGGAGUCCCGAUGGGUCGUGUGCUGCUGAGCUGCAAAGAGCUGCUAACCUCUUCAACCCUCAACUUGUUCAGAUGGUAAGCCAAGUGAACAGUGAGAUCGGCACAGAUGUGUUCUUUGCUGUUAAUGCGUAUCGGAUGAACAUGGACUUCAUCAGUAACCCUCAGGCUUAUGGUUUUGUAACAUCAAAGAUAGCAUGUUGUGGGCAAGGAGCUUAUAAUGGGAUUGGACUAUGCACAGUUCUGUCAAACCUGUGUCCAAACAGAGAUAUUUAUGCAUUCUGGGAUGCUUUCCAUCCAAGUGAGAGAGCAAACAGGUACAUUGUCCAACAGAUCCUGAGAGGCUCUGCUGAUUACAUGCACCAUGGGAACUUAAGUACUGUCUUGACCACAAUUGAUUCCAGAAUUUCUGCAGUUGCUUCCAGGACCUAAUAAAGUUCCAUUUCAACAAGCAAUUACUACUAUUAC